UCCUAAUAUACCCUACCAAACAACCCCCUAAUAAGUAACAAGCUGUAAAUACACUGCACUUACGCACAUCAAUUCGAAUUAACCAAGCCAGGGGUUUUUCUGUGCUCUGCUCUUUUCAUCAGUUAAACGCCGCCAUCACAGGAAUGGGAGCUGACGAGAUUAGAGUGGGGCAGACUCCUUCUGGAACGACAUCUGAAUCUAUAGAAGCCUUGCUUGAGGCUGCUAGAUAUGAUGAUUUGGAUGAUGUCAUGAGCUUAGCAUCUUCUGGUGUUUCUCUUGAUUCCAAGGAUUCGGAGGGCCGAACAGCACUUCAUAUGGCUUCAGCAAAUGGGCAUUGUGGCAUCGUAGAAUAUCUUAUUCGUAAUGGAGCAGAUGUUAAUGCUUCCAAUGUGGAGAAAAAUACACCUCUUCAUUGGGCUUGCCUAAACGGACAUAUCGAGGUAGUGAAGAGCUUAAUCCUUGCUGGUGCAAGUGUCUCAGCCUUAAAUAGCCAUGAGAGGACUCCUAUCGACGAGACAGUGAAUAGGGGUAAAAUGGACGUCAUCGAUGCGAUCAACGAGACAGUAGCCCAACUUGAACUCACUGGCACAACGGUAUCAUAAGAAGUCACCAAUUAUAUGAAACCAUCUUGUACAUUUUAUGUGAGGACGCAAUAGUCUUGCUGGUGGUUACUAUGUUCGAUGUUUUCUAAUAACGCAAAAGCCUCUUACAAAGUAUUAUGUAAGGUUUGAACUUCGAAUGUCUCCAAUGUCAUUUUUGGUGAUGAAUUGACAGUGGUAAAUGCUGCAUACUCCAAUAGCGUUGACAAAUUUGUCAAGUUAUUUCAAGGACAGCUUUUCGUUAA